AGUAAAACCUGAAGUGUUUCUGAGAACACAAAAGACACGAGUUGAGGAGAUGUGGGUUGAAGUUUACCUUGUUGAGCUGGUUUUGUUCCUCUCCUACAUACGUGUGGGAUCAAACUAUGAUAGAAAGCAGGCAGCUUUUGAGUCGCACUGGGCCACAACAGUUCCAGUCAAACUCCACAUGCCACCAACGGCAGAAGAGCCGGGGCCGGUGCCAGCCCACAGCGUGAGGGUGGAUUGUGGGGAGGCCCUGGUGCGGGUGGCGGCCCAGCAGGACUUCCUGGGGACCGGUCAGCUGAUCGACCCUGCUGACCUGACCCUGGGGGGCUGCCCUCUGAAAGCCUUCGACCAGGAGAAGAAGAUGAUGCUCUUUGAGACGGAGCUGCAAGGAUGCGACAGCUCGCUGAUGGUCUUUGAGGAUGUUCUGGUUUACACCUUCAGACUGGCCUACGUUCCAACGCCCAUCAAAGAUACCUCCAUUGUUAGGGGCAACAGCGCCAAGGUCAGCAUUCAAUGCUAUUAUCAAAGGCAUCUCAAUGUGAGCAGCAAAGGCCUGGAUCCCACCUGGAUCCCCUUGGUUGCCUCCACAGUAGUGGAGCAACAGCUGCUUUUCUCACUCCACUUCAUGACUGAUGACUGGCAAGCUAGGAGGUCGUCAGGUCACUACUUCCUGGGUGAUUUCAUCAACAUAGAGGCGUCCGUUCAUCGGUACAAUCACGCCCCCCUCAGAAUAUUCAUAGACCACUGUGUGGCCACACUGUCCCCGGAUGUGAACUCUGAACCCAGAUACUCCUUCAUUCAGAACCAUGGGUGUCUAAUGGACGGUGAUAUGACAGGGUCCAAGUCCCACUUUUUACAGACUACCAGCCCUGAAAGAAUUCAGCUGGCGCUUGAAGCCUUUAAGUUCCACCUGGAUGACAGGAGUUCAAUCUAUAUCACCUGUCACCUGAAAGCAAGAUCCGCCUUCAUCCCCAUCGACUCUGAAAACAAGGCCUGCUCCUUUGACUCGCGUGCUGUCAGGUGGAGACCAUCAGAGGGCUCGUCCGAUGUGUGCGACUGCUGUGCGAAGACCUGUGAUAGCCAGAUGAGGAAGAAGAGGAGUCUGACCUCAGACACAAAGAAUCUGUGGGAAAGGGAUGAAGUCCUAGGACCCAUCUUGAUCCAGAGCAGGGUCCAGGAGGAGGGUCUUCCAGAGUUUCCUGCUGAGCAGGCAGAGUUGCAGGUAGUGGAGGACCAAGCUUCAGAAGGAAUGUCCUUGCUGCUUGUGGUCCUGGCUGGAGUGUGCACUACUGUUGUCUGGCUGGCUGCAAUGGGAACAGUGUUGUACCUGAGACUGAGACACAAUCUACCGUCCUCUGCAUGUUCAAAAGAGGAACGAAUUCCUGCAUGAGCUCCCAUUUGUAUCCAGCAUACACAGGCUACCUUGUGCCAUUCGUAAACUUUCCAUGCCCGUUCUUUUGAAUAAAGAAUUCCAUUUAUGAUU